AUGGGUUACCUUUUACGUGAGGCUCCAUCAAGCACCGGGCCCCGUUGCCUAGUAACCGCUGGAGGCGCCGCGCAUGCGCUGACAUUCGACAGCCUGACGGCGGAAUUUUGCAACAGCCAAUCGCCAGUUACAGAGAGGUCACGUGGAUUCGGCCUAAGGACCACCGGCGGCGCGCUGCGGGUGUUGACUGGCAAAGAGAUGGAUUUCUUCAUUCUCUUCCUCAUUUACUUAGCCUUUUCCCUUUCCUGCAUGUUAGUCGCCAUCAAAUUUUCAAGUCAAAGUCAGGAGUGCUUUGUAAGAAUCUCCCACCAUGUAACUCAGAUGAUUGGGCCAAUGGUUCCUCGACAGAUGCAGGUAGCAGUGCAGUAUGCUUUACAUAGGCUCAUCCAUCAGAGGAACUCCUUCUUCCUGGCCCUGCAUCUUCUUUUGGAAGUAGCUGUGUAUGGAGAGUAUUCCUGGGAAGUGUUCCCUUAUGCCUUGGAAUUGGGAUUCACACUCAGUAACUUGCUGCUGCCUUACAUCCUGUUGUUUGGAAAGAUGUACUUUUUCUACCUGUGCUGUAUCAGUGACCCUGGUAUAAUUUCACCUUCAAACCACAAGCAGCUUCUGAAAGUGUAUACAUAUGAUGGAAUUUUGUACCAACAUGCUCGUGUCUGCUCAACAUGCAAACUAGUGAAACUGGCACGGUCAAGGCACUGCCGACUGUGCAACUGCUGUGUCCAUCGAUUUGACCACCAUUGUGUCUGGGUGAAUAACUGCAUUGGGGCAUUAAACAUACGUUACUUCCUAUUCUACCUGGUAACCCUCUCUGGGAUGGCUGCUGCAGUGGCAAUAAUGACAUUAAGAUUCCUUGUUCGAGUGGCAUUGAUGUCUAAUUUACCUCAGGCCAUGUAUGUAAAUGCUGAGGGUGAAGAUGUACCUGUUGGCAUUCUGUUUAUAGUCCAGAAACUGUUCCUGAUCUAUCCUCGGAUCUUCUUCAUGUUGGGCUUCACGCUGCUUAUUGCCUUCCUGCUGGCAGGAUAUACUGCUUUUCAUUUAUUCUUAGCGAUGACAAAUCAGACAUCAAAUGAGUGGUACAAAUACAAGAGCAUCUGCAGAAGUCACAUGGACAGGCGAACAAGGAAUAAUCUGUAUCAUAGAGGCUUCAUCACAAACCUGAAAGAAAUCAUCUGCCCUGUGACAACUCAGAAAAGAUUCAAAUAAGACGA